AUGACGGAGGCGGAACAGGACGAGUUGACUCGGCGUGUGGGGCGCCCCACCACCUCAUCCCGAGCCAAAGUAUCACAAACGUGGAAACUGGAAAAUACGUUUAUGGAAAAUGGGCGACAUUCAUGGUCGAAGAUGGAAUUAUUCGAGGACUGUAAAAAAUGUAUGUGGACGGAGGGAGGUGCAAGGAAGGUCUCGUGUAAGAUUCGACCAUUAACAAAACACACCGGAAAAACGGAAAUUGCCAUUGUUAUUACGUCACGCGCAGUUUGUAUACAAAACGUAAACUGUUUCCUUCCAAAGUGUUUCUGUAGCACAUUUCAACAUUUUUUAAAGAGGAGUGAUAUUCCACAGAUGGUGUACUUUGGUUUUGAUGACGCUGUACAUGGUCAGGUGUCUCACCAUUACGACUACCUGUUUUUAAGUAACCUGACCAAUCCAAACGGUUGCCCUGUCAGUAUUACUUUGUUUGUUUCCCAUACUUACACCGACUACGACGUCUUGCAAAAAUUCUACGAAAUUGGAUUUGAACUAGCUGUCCACAGUGUUUCUCAUCAGAACAUAGACACGGGUAGCAAAGUUCAACAGGAAGCAGAGGAACAACGAAACAACAUUGUCAAUCAUACUGGAGCGUCCAUUGAGGAUGUCGUUGGAUGGAGAAGUCCUUUCCUCGUAACGGCAGGGGACCCUCAGAUAUAUGCUCUUGAAGAACUCGGCUUUGAGUAUGAUAUUUCAUUGAUCUACAGAAGAUCUGGGAUGGAUGGCGACGAUGCUUGGCCGUUCACUCUCGACUAUGGAUGGCCCUUGCCAUGUGACAAAAGCUGUCCUAUGAAGAGUCACAAAGGAUUCUGGCAAAUUCCCAUCAAUGCGAUGAUAGACUACAAACACGAAUUUCCUUGUGCUUUCAUCGACUCUUGUUAUAACAAACCCUGGAAUGAGGAGGAUGCUUAUAAAUACAUAAUGGAUAAUUUUUACAGUCGUUACCAUGGCAACAGAUCCCCGUACGGAUUCCAUAUUCACGCGGUGUGGUUGAAUUAUGACUUCACUAGAAAGGCUAUGGAGAGAGCCAUCAAUGACAUGAUGGAAUAUGAUGAUGUUUAUAUAGUAAAUAUCAAACAAAUGCUGGAAUGGAUGAAACAUCCCACAAAAUUGUCCGACAUUAGAAACUUUGGUCCAUUGGGAUGCAGGCCAAUAUAUGCCACUGUAAAAGAUGGUUUGAUUAUAUUUAUAAAUAUUUUUGUAAUAUUUGGUGUAGCGUGCAUUACUAUUUAUGUUUAUCGUAAUAAAAGUAAACUUCUAGCGACUUUAUCUAACAGUGUAGAAUACAUUAUGCUUAAUGAUAUUGAAAGUAGGGCACUUGAUAAGGAAUCCGAUAGCGACACUCACCCCGAGGUAUGA